GAACUGAAAGCAGCAGAGGGCGGCUGAGGGGAAAGGGAGGAGCAAGGUUACACAUGAGAAGUCUGAGGAGGAAUUAAACAAAGCACAGAGAGGGAGAGAAGGGGAAAGAACAGGUAGAGUUGGUCAGAAGUAGGUUUCAGUCUUACCUCACAGCUAAUUACCAGCUUUUCAGUGUGGUGAAAGAAAGCAAACAGAAAGCAAAGGGAGAAAAACAACAAUCAGAGAGGGCAGCUGAAAGCACGAGACUAGAAAGCAGAAGUAGCACAGAAAAGGAGGGAGAGACAGCAGUUCAAAAAAAAGUCGCGUCCAAACGAGCGAGAGAAACAAAGAGGUGGUAGAGUAAGACAACAACAGAUACUCAUUGACAGAAAGGACCAGGGCUUGAAUCCAUGGACUACUGACAUCAGCAAAACAAAAGGAAGAAGAGCGUCAGAAAAGAGGUCACUGCAGUCCAGCAGCAGUGUAGCUUGUUUGAGCGUGUCUGCUAUGCAACAGAGACAGCUGAGAUAGACAAACUCAAGCACAGACACAGUUCACAACAGACAGUCUUUACUGUAAACAGCACCAUGUUGAUGAAAGAGUACCGCAUAUGUAUGCCACUGACUGUGGAUGAGUACAGGAUUGGGCAGCUGUACAUGAUCAGUAAGCACAGCUGUGAGCAGAGUGGUGGGGGAGAAGGGGUGGAGGUGGUGAGGAAUGAGGCAAAUACUCAUCCUCAGUACGGCCCGGGACAGCUGACCGAAAAGCGAAUCUACCUCAGCAGUAAGCUGCCGUCCUGGGCGAAAGCGUUUGUCCCUCGAUUCUUCUAUGUCACAGAAAAGGCCUGGAACUUCUACCCAUACACCAUCACAGAGUACUCAGUAUCAUUCCUCCCCAAGUUCAGCAUCCGUAUUGAGACAAGAUUUGAGAACAACAACGGCGAUAACAACAAUGUGUUUGGGGACACGCCGACCCCGGCAGAGAGUGUGAGCUUCCUGGAUAUCCUGACUGACCCCAUCCCUGAAAAGCACUACAAAGAGUCAGAGGACCUGAGUCGCUGGCAGUCAAGUAAAACUGGCCGAGGGCCUCUGGAGGAAGGCUGGAGAGAUGACCAUAAACCCAUUAUGUGCUCCUAUAAGAGGGUGCAGUGCAGCUUCGAGGUCUACGGCUUCCAGACCAGGACUGAGGAGUUCAUACACAGAAACAUCCGGGACAUUCUUCUGGUUGGACACAGGCAGGCAGUGGCGUGGAUAGACGAAUGGCAUGGGCUGAGUUUGGAGGAGGUGAGAGAGUACGAGCAGGCGAUGCAAGAGAAGACCAACAGCAAAGUCAAAUCCAGCCAGAACAACACAGGUCCACCGGCUGCCUCUCGUCCUGCAUUCUUUCGCUCCAUCUCAGUGACAGACGAGCGUUCCCUGAAGAAGAUGGGACUGACAACUGCGGCCAUGUCUGACCCAUCAGACUCCUCUGUGCCACACAGUCCCAUGCGGCUCAACUCCACCCCUGAAUGAUGCCACACACACACACACACACACACACACACACACACAAUAUACUGUACAAAUGCAAACACACAGAAACCAAAGUCAACAUUCACCAGAGUCACGUUAUUUCUAAAAAAAAAAAAAAAAAAACACAACACACCCACACACCAAACAGUGAUGUGGUCCUGAAAGCAAUAGUUCAACAUUCUAGGUGCCCAUUCACUUUCGGAGAGUUAGCUGAGCAGAUCAAUGCUGCUUUUAUAUCUGUCUUAAAUAUAAGGCUACAGCCAACAACUGAUUAACUUAGCUUAACAUAUAGACUGGAAACAGGGGGAAACAGCUAGCCCGAUCAAUUCUGUAACAAGAAUACACCUACCAGCAUCUCUAAAACUCAUGAAUUAACACAUUAUAUUUAGUUUUUUAAAAUAUUAAAAAUAUUUAAUAUCUAUCAGGGUGGUGUACUGUGGAAUUUCUUAAUAUAUUACUAUAUCACUAUAUAACAGCAAAAAGUUCUUAUACUUAAGCUUUUAUUCUAAAAUUAUGGAUUUAAAGGACAAAUGUAACAAGUGAUCGCUUGGUGUGCUGGUAGGUGGAUUUUUUUUAACUAUUUGACAGAGCCAGGCUAACUGUUUCCAGCUAAGCUAACUGGCCACUUGCUCCAUAUUUACUUCACAGAUAUGAGACUGGUGUCAAUCUCCACAUCUAACUCUCCACCAGAGUGAAUGAAUGAGUGUAUUUCCCAGAAUGUCACCAGAAAUAUUUAUCUAUUCUAAUGUCUGCAGUUUUCUUCAAUGCAUUUUAAAACCACAUGAAGUGCCGCACAAACACUUGGUACCUACUCAAUGAUGAUUUCUAUCGUUGCCUUAAAAAAAGUGUCUUCACCAGCCUGUAAAUGUGGUGCGCUCCAGCUCUUUCUCAUUCAGUUCUUCAGCCAGUCGAGCUCACUGGCCACCAGCAGCGCUCUCCAAUUGUUUCCCAGCGCCCAGCUUAUGGCCUACAGACAGAUGCAUAAGGAGUUUAAUAGAGUGGAUCUAAUGAGAGAGCAGAGGAGAAGGGGGGGGGCUGUCAAUGCUAUGGAUCUGCUCUCCUCUCUCCUUCAGCCAAUAGGUCAGACCAGGUGUAUUGACAGAGGGCAGUGAGGCAUUGUAUUGGUUCCUUGAUCGCUUAGCUGAGGGCUGCAAAUGGGUCAAGCCAGGGCUAAACUUCAAUUACGAGUCAAUAAUGUGAGCAUUUAUAGGACGAUUAGCUUAAUUUUUUAAUCUACAUUUAGAGGAUAUCAGGGAUCUACAAAGGGAUGUGCGAUGAAAACUGAAUUGAUGUGUAUAACACAGAAACAGUUUUCUGUUUCCUUAUUUGUAAAAAAAAUAUCAAGUGUAAAAAAGAAUAAAAAUGAAUGAAGUGGGAAAUAUAUGUGGAAAUUACAUUGUAUAGUCUUUUAUAAUGGAUUUUUAUCAAUAAAUACAAUUUCUUUCCAAUGA